AUGCUGAACCUGGGGAACAACAAGCUCUUGGCGCUGGAGCCAGAGCUGCUCAGGUCCUUGCCCCACCUUGAGUCUCUGUUUCUGCAGGGCAAUGCGCUUGUCUCACUCUCGCCCGACCUCUUCAGCAACCUGCCUUCCUUGCACUUCCUCAGGCUGCACAACAACCCCUGGGGGUGUACCUGCGCCAUCCAGCCCCUCUACCAGUGGCUCACUGACAACGCGGAGAAAGUCCCAGAGGUGGACUCUGUCUCUUGCAAACGCCCCACACAGCUCACCCAACAUCCCAUCGCUGCCAUUGGGAACGAGUCCUUUGCUCGCUGCCGGGAGCCCUGGCUGAACGUAAAAGAUUAUGCUUUCUUCCUGCUCAUUGGCCCGUCCACCUUCUUAACCAGCAUCUGCAUCUGCAUCCUCUUCGGCUCGCUAGCGGUGGCCCAAGCAAAGAUCCUCAAGGUGUCGUCCAUCCGGUCAGGAGCCCUGGCAAGGCGUGCAGAGCGCGGUCCUCGCUAG